GAGCAGCCGGGUGUCUGGGUAAACGCCAGUCGUUGAAAGUAGGCACUUUCUUUGGAUCCCAGAUCCCAAUCUGCUCUAGCCACCUACCUACUUCAAGAGUCGAGCGGUUCUCCCACUUCCUCCCAUUCAGGGGGCGGGCGGAAGCUCCAUGUAUUGCCAACGCCGUUCUGUCAAUGUUUCUGGCCACUUCUUGCAACCGACGGGCACAUGUAACCCCUGAGGGUCUUCGAUACCCCCCUGGGCAUGCUACAACUAGGGAGUGUAUAUUCCCCGCCGAGAGUUUAGGGGGGGUCCAUAACAUGAAAGACCCUUCGCGGUCAUCCAGGGGCUCCGAUGGUCCAUGUCUUCGGCGAGGCUCCCAGGCGUAUGCGUGGACUGCCCGCUCAGGGCCACUCGCCCCCAUGGCCGCCGCCGAUGCCCUGCGCUGCCCCGCGAGGGCAUCGUGUCCAACGGGGACGCCACCGGGCCGAAGGAGCGCGCCGUGCUGGCGCGGCAGCUGGGCCACGACGGCGCCGAGUUCACGAGCUGGAAGGUCGCCUCCUCCCCCUUCCUGACUGGGUGCCCCAACGGCAAGAAACAGGACCGGCGCCCAGCGGUUGGCGGAUAGCCUGGUACGAGAGCCAGUCCAUCAGCAUCGACACCUCCCGGGUCUACAUGUUCGACGACUUGGCGGAGAACAUUGCCGGAUUCCAAGGCUCCGGUAUGCAUGCGCACCAGAUCUCGUGCGGCUCCCGGGAUAGCCACGACGCCUCCAUCGGCAUGUGCGGCGGCCGCCCCGAGGACAUCACCCUGGCCUCCGGGGUGACUUUCUGCAGCUGAGGCGAGGCCGGCGCGCGACGCCCGCGUGGGCCCAAGCGGGUGCGGCCCCGGCCCCGAGGGGAGCCGGGGAGCGGCCUGCCGGGGCCCGAUCGUGCGUUGCCCAUUCCCCCUUCUGUCGUUCCCCCUCAUCAAUCCUAAAGGAGGAUUGAGAGCGCGCCGUGGCCGCCGUCACUAGUUAGACGCCAGGACGGCGGUCCAGUCAGAUUGGCCCUCUUUCGCUACCCCUCGUCCGCACCAGACUGGAUAGGGGCGUUUGGGCCCUGCUCCAUCAUCGCUGCUCUCUCCUGAUCCUGCGAUCCCACACUGGGAGGCGAGUCUCGCUGCCAUCCGGCGCUGGCCGCCGGAGGCGUAAUUCGUAACCCGGCAGGGGUCACAGCCUACAGCUCACCCCGCCCGUGUUUCACGACGCUGCAAACCGUCGAUGUCUGAGCUCGCGGCUGUGCCUCCGAAGGCGUCCCGGCGAAAGGAUCGGCCCGCCAGGGGGGGCGCGGCAGACAGAAGCCCUUAUUUGCGGCGUGCCUUCGAAGGCGUGCCGACUAGACAUCCAGGCACGCAGCGAGGACGCA